AAGGCGUGGAGGCCUCGCCCGCCCCGCCUUAGCUCCCGCGCUAGAGAGAAACAUGUAUCGUUUCCGAUCACAGCUCUUCACGGGGAUUUCUGCUGCCGCCACCGCCCACUCUUACCCGCGCCGCUUCUCGCCUAUCUUGUUAGCCGAAGACUCGCCUCUCAGCCGCCCGCCGCACAGACGCACGAGUAAAAAGUGCAGCUCCAUCGGCUGA